GUUAAUCUUGCAAGGAGCGCACUCUCAGUUCGUUGGUCCUAGCUUAGGUUGGUAGCCCGGUGGCGGCGGCGCUGUUGAGCUGCAAGAGUAGAGAGUGAUCCGGAGCUCCGUCGCUUCAUUGAUGAAUGCCGAAGCUAUAACGAUUCUUGCUCGUUCCGAGGUUCGAUGCCCCGGUCGCCCGGAUGGCAUUGCCAACCGCGGCGGUAGCCGGCAUUGCGGCCGGUGCCGCCACGUUGCUGGUGGCCGCCGUCCUGGUCGUGGUGUGGUGCGUCGCGCGGCGGCUCAGGGCGCGGCGUCACAGGAGCUCCGGCACCGGCUCGUCUGAGGCUCCUCCCACGCUGGCGGAGUGGGGUCGGUGCGUCCGGACCUCGUCGGCGCCGGAGUUCCACGGCGCGAGGCAGUUCUCGCUGGAGGAGCUGGCGCACGCCACCAAGAACUUCGCCGAGGCCAAUCUGGUGGGCACCGGGAGCUUCGGGCUGGUGUACAAGGGGCUGCUGCUCGACGGCACGGUCGUCGCCAUCAAGCGCCGCGCCGGCGCGCCGCGGCAGGACUUCGCCGACGAGGUAAGGAGGCUGUCGGAAAUCUGGCACCGCAACGUCGUAACGCUGAUCGGCUACUGCCAAGAAGGGGGUCUACAGAUGCUGGUGUUUGAGUACCUGCCCAACGGCAGUGUCUGCGGCCAUUUGUAUGACACCGGCAAAGAAUCGAUGACAAGGUUGGAGUUCAAGCAGAGGCUCUCAAUUGCCAUAGGAGCAGCUAAAGGUCUAAACCAUCUGCACAGCAUCGCGCCUCCGUUGAUCCACAGGGACUUCAAGACGAGCAAUGUCUUGGUCGAUGAGAACUUCAUCGCCAAGGUGUCUGACGCCGGAAUCGAUAGGCUGCUGAGAGGGUCCGAAGACGCCGGUCCAUUGCAGCAGUCUAACAGCAGCAGUGCCUACCAAGAUCCAGAGGCACACUCAUUGGCGCAGCUAUCUGAAAGCAGCGACGUGUACAGCUUUGGAGUGUUUCUUCUGGAGCUGAUCAUUGGCAGGGAAGCUGCUGGUUUGGUUUGUCCAGAAUCCAAGGAAUCUUUUGCGCAUUGGAUGGAGGCCCAUUUCACCUUAAACGAGCAGAUCGACCCGAGGCUAGGAGGCAGCUUCACUUCGGAGGGCAUGACGGAGCUGGUGAGCCUGGCGUUCCAGUGCCUGAGCCCGUCGGCGAGGCGGCGGCCCAAGAUGCGGCUGGUGGCGGCGGAGUUGGACCGGAUCCUGGAGAAGGAGAUGACCCUGACCACCGUCAUGGGCGACGGCACCGCCAUCGUCACGCUGGGCAGCCAGCUGUUCACGUCCUGAUCAUCUGAUCGGUCGAGCACGAGGAGCUUGCCUGGUAUCUGUAGCCAUUCAUGGCAUGCUCCCACGCGUUCCAAGGCUCGUGCACCGCGCCGUGGUUCCACAGUGCGAGACGAAGUGCCCAACAUGAUGGAGCGCUUCGGUGCUGCCGGCAGCUCGGAAGGGUGGAGCAGAGCAGGUGGUGAUCUGUGAUUUCCGUACUCAUCCUUCGUUGAAGAAGGAACAGACAAACCUGUCUUCCAUCCUCCACUUCCACUUUCUUCAUGUUCAGGGUGGCUCUUAAUUUAAACACGUUUGUUCAUAAGUAAAAAAGUUCAAUGUGGACUUUCACCAAGCAUCUAAGAAAAUGGGCAUGUAAUGGCAGAUAACGCAUGCAGCAAGUAAGAUC